AACCCCACCCCCGGUAGUGACGUCGCCAUCAUGUCUCUGGAAUCGGUGCGGUAUAGCCGCGGCUCCCUGCAGGUGUUGAACCAAUUGCUUCUCCCGCACAAGAGCGAGUAUGAGCCCGUCACGGGGGUACAGCAGGGAGCCGACGCCAUCCGAACAAUGAAGGUUCGUGGGGCUCCAGCUAUCGCCAUUGUUGGGGUGCUAAGCUUGGCAGUGGAACUGACCACCAAACCAUGCCAGGAUGUGCCCAGCCUCAUCACAUUUGUCCGCGAGUCUCUACAUCACUUGGUGAGUGCCCGCCCCACGGCCGUUAAUAUGAAGAAGGCAGCGGAUGAACUCAAUGCAUUCCUGGCCGAGGAGGCUGACAAACCAGGAGCCACUAGCCAACGGCUGACUGAAAGUGUGGUUCAAUGGGCAGAAUCUCUCCUGAAGAAGGACGUGGAGGACAAUCAGAUGAUUGGGGACUUUGGCGCUAAGCACAUACUGGAGAAGGCAGGACCAACAGAGAAAGUCUGUAUGCUGACUCACUGCAAUACUGGCUCGCUGGCCACCGCAGGCUAUGGCACUGCACUUGGUGUGGUGCGCUCCCUCCAUGCACUUGGUCGCCUCUCUCACGUUUUCUGUACAGAGACCCGUCCGUACAACCAGGGCUCCAGACUCACGGCUUAUGAACUGGUGUAUGAGAAGAUCCCAGCCACUCUCAUCACAGACAGCAUGGCCUCUGUCACUAUGAGGGAACGCAAGGUUACUGCUGUUGUGGUGGGCGCAGACCGGGUGGUUGCAAAUGGAGAUACAGCCAAUAAAAUUGGCACAUACCAGUUGGCCAUCAUUGCCAAAUAUCACGGAAUCCCUUUCUAUGUGGCUGCACCCAGCACUUCAUGUGACCUCAGCCUGCCAACAGGAGGCAGCAUUGUGAUAGAGGAGAGGCCCAGCCAUGAGCUAACAGAUAUCAAUGGCAUCAGAAUAGCAGCACCAGGAAUUGAUGUGUGGAAUCCUGCUUUUGAUGUCACCCCCCAUGAGCUGAUCACUGGGAUAAUAACAGAGCGUGGGGUCUUUAAACCAGAGGAGCUGAAAGACGGACUAACAAAGGGACAGUGAGAAUCAGGGGAAGGUACAAGUUGGUUUAGUCAGCCUGGAACUGACCCAACGAAAUGACCAAGAACAGGAGAGGGAAUCUGUACCUGCACUUAACUGCCUGUUCUUCUGUCACUCUUAAAGGGCCAAUGUUUUGUAAUAAAAUCAUUUCGAUCUGC